UUAAGGACCCAAGAGUCUGCUGAUUAUCACUUGUAUUGUUUUUCUGCAGUUAACAAUUGUGAUCAUAUUGAUGGAGCAGAGCAACCCUAGUUCUUCAAGAAGUGACCGUAAAACCAUUGAAAGAAAUAGAAGAAAUCAUAUGAAAGCCCUUUACUCCGAGCUCAAUUCUCUUGUACCCCAUCAAACCUCAAGGGAAACAUCGUUGCCGGAGCAACUAGAUGAAGCAACAAGCUAUAUAAAGAAGCUGCAGACGAACUUGGAGAGAAUGAAGGAGAAGAAAGAUGGGCUAAUGGGAAUGGAGAGGCCAAAUGGAAGCAGUAGUAGUAGUAGUAAUAGUGGAGUAAUGGCGAUGGGGAUAAGAUCAGCACAAAUUGAGAUUCACCAAAACGGUGCGGCUUUGGAGGUCGUUUUGAUAACUGGGUUGGAUUGUCAGUUCAUGUUCAAUGAGACUAUUCGAGUGCUACAUGAAGAGGGAGCUGAGAUUGUUAGUGCCAGUUUCACUGUCGUUGAAGAUACAGUGUUCCACACAAUACAUUCUAAGGUUGAGGAGCCUGCAUUGGGCGAUGAAGCUACAGCAAGAAUAUCUGAGAGAGUAAACAAGCUGUUUGUGAGGGAUGGAUGCUAAUUAUUGUAAUUUAAAGUAUGAUAUGAUAUGAUAGAUGUUGUCUUUAUAACAGAGGA